GUAUUAAUCAAAGAACUUUAAGGGACAACAUGACGAAUUUGGAAAUAUUUCUUAUUUUGGCACUUGUUUGUUUUAUUUGCGGCGGAUCGCAGGGUCUAAGAUCUAGAUCAAAAGCGGUGCAACUUAAACAAAAAAUAAGACGGUGUUCAGACACAGUGACAAUCCAUCGGCGUGAUGAAAAUUCAAAUGAAAAACAGUCAGGCUCAAGCGAAUCAAAAGAAACUCAAAAAUCAGAUGAGAAUAAUUUGAAAGCGGACAAAGCAUCGGCAGAUGGGACCCCAAUUCCUGAGGAUAUAAAAUGUACAAAUUCUGGGACUGAUGAAAUAUGCUGGGAUUUUGAAAAGGAACAAUGCUUUGAUUUGGUGUAUUCACGUACGUUUCACAAGGGAAUCCAAUGUGAAAGUGAUGAGGAUUGUAAGGAGUCUGAUCCUUGCCAAAGUGGAAAAUGCUGUGAGAUUCCUUGUGAACAUUUGAGUGAAUAUUAUCAUGUGGUUGAUAAGAUGUGCCGGUAUCCAAUAGAUAAUCAGAAUCUUUUGAACUCUUUCAGUCCAGAGCGGAAUCGGACUUUAUGAACAAGUGUUCCCAGGGGAAAAACAACAUUUUUUAUAUACUUGAAUCUCUAAAGAAAGAAACAUUUCCAAAUCUAA